UAAAGGUGGCAGCUUCAGUGAGGCUGUCCUAAUCAGCCUUUCAUCAGUUCUUGCCUAGGCAUAUAAAAACCUGCAGGAGAGGAGGGGGAACGCACUUGGAUUGCUCCCUGUUCAGCACCAGAGUGUUGGACAGCUCCCGGAGAAGACAGACACUCUGUGGCUGUGGAAAGAGAAAAUCACCCAGGUCAUAAUGCAGCCAGCAAUGAUGAUGUUCUCCAGCAAAUACUGGGCAAGACGGGGCCUUUCUUUGGAUUCAGCCAUUCCCCAGGAGCAUCUGCUCCAUGGCAACCUAACUCUAAACAGAACCAGUUCUGGUAGAAAUGAUGACAAAAAAGGUAAUAAAGGUGCAGGAAAGCAUGAAUCAACGUCAGAAAGUGGCAAGACCGCUGUGGUGUUUUCUUUGAAAAAUGAAGUUGGUGGCUUGGUAAAAGCUCUCAGACUUUUCCAGGAGAAACAUGUGAGUAUGGUUCAUAUUGAAUCAAGGAAAUCCAAGAGAAGAAAUUCAGAGGUAGAAAUUUUUGUUGACUGUGACUGCAGCAAGAAGCAAUUCAAUGAGCUCAUUCAGUUGUUAAAGUAUGAAACAAACAUUGUCACCCUGAAUCCACCAGAAAACAUCUGGACCGAUGAGGAAGAGCUUGAUUGCGUUCCUUGGUUUCCCAGGAAGAUUGCUGAAUUAGACAAAUGUUCUCAAAGGGUUCUAAUGUAUGGCUCCGAACUAGAUGCAGACCACCCUGGGUUUAAAGACAACGUGUAUCGGCAGAGAAGAAAAUAUUUUGUAGAUGUUGCCAUGAGUUAUAAAUAUGGUCAGCCAAUACCUCGAGUGGAAUAUACACCUGAGGAAAUAAAAACAUGGGGUGUCGUGUUCAGGGAACUUACUAAACUCUAUCCAACUCACGCUUGUCGAGAAUAUUUGAAGAACUUCCCCCUGCUGACAAAGCACUGUGGCUACAGAGAAGAUAAUGUCCCUCAGCUGGAGGAUGUUGCUAUGUUUCUUAAAGAAAGGUCUGGCUUCACAGUCAGACCUGUUGCUGGGUAUUUGUCACCACGUGACUUUUUAGCAGGUCUUGCCUAUCGUGUUUUCCACUGCACACAGUACAUACGCCAUGGCUCUGAUCCUCUUUACACUCCUGAACCGGAUACAUGCCAUGAACUCCUGGGACACGUGCCUCUGCUUGCAGACCCUAAAUUUGCUCAGUUUUCCCAAGAGAUUGGAUUGGCCUCCCUGGGAGCAUCUGACGAGGAUGUCCAAAAACUUGCCACUUGCUAUUUUUUCACCAUUGAAUUUGGACUUUGUAAGCAAGAUGGGCAGCUUCGAGCUUACGGAGCAGGUCUUCUGUCCUCCAUUGGAGAACUGAAGCAUGCGCUGUCUGAUAAAGCCAAUGUGAAAACAUUUGAUCCAAAGACAACCUGCUUGCAAGAAUGCCUUAUCACAACUUUCCAGGAAGCUUACUUUGUUUCAGAAAGUUUUGAAGAAGCCAAAGAGAAGAUGAGGGACUUUGCAAAAUCAAUCAACCGCCCCUUUUCUGUAUAUUUCAACCCCUACACCCAAAGCAUUGAAAUUCUGAAAGACACCAGAAGUAUUGAAAAUGUUGUCCAGGAUCUCAGGAGCGAUUUGAAUACUGUGUGUGAUGCCUUAAGCAAAAUGAACCGAUACUUAGGGAUAUGACUUCUGUGUUGUUGCUUUGGAGCAUAUCUACACAAACAUCAUGCUGACGUGCGAUUUACCUUUCUCAGUACUCUCUGUUCCCUCUCUAUUGCAUGAAUCUUGCAUUUGCUCAGAGUGUUCUUCCAUCCAGCUGUAGCUUCAGAUAUCAAUACUAAUAUGCAAAAUUCACACGGAAGUGGAACAUAUUUUCUUGCUUUAUGUGGCAAAAUGUUUACCUUGCCACAAGGCUUUCAGAAGUCCCUAAGGCAAUAUACAGACAUCUGACACUCACAAAAAGAGCCAUUAUAUAAAUAAAAGCACAUAUCAAAGAAAUAGCACCCUCAUCCAAUCAAUCAAGAGGGCCCAUGAAAGAAAAUUACAAUAAAAACAGGGCUUUACUAAAAAAAUAAAUUCUUAUGCUUCAUGUAAUAAAAUCAUCAAUAGUCGUUUCCUGAAGACUUAUAUUUUCCAGAUGAUUUUCAAAAAAGAGUAUCUCAUAGAGAAGCUGAUAAAAGACACCUAAGGUACUUGAGCCUCUAGGAACAGAGCUUGGUCCAAGAAUAUUAACUGAAUAGAAUUGAAUUUAUAAAGUCCAUAUACCGCCUUACUUAGUGAAAUAAAUACUUGAGACAGUUUACAUAUUAUGAAACAAAUCAUACAGACCAAACCAAAAAUAAUCAAGAGUAAAACACCUUCCUUUACUUUAAUCAAUUAAAAUAUUAACAAUUUAAUUUAGACCCUGUCUGUCUUGCUUGCAAGGCUGAAGGCAGCUUGCAACAAGGAUUUUAAAAACAGAUAAAACUAAAAAUUACAAUCAAUAAGUUUAUUAAUGUGGUGUUAAAUAGAUCAUCAUCACAUUAAAACAAGUACUGAAUUAAUACGGUUUAAAAACCGUCAAAACACACACAAUAUAAACACAACACUUCCUCUUAAAAGGUUGUUCCACAUCAGUCAGUUACAGGCCAAAAGCUAUCUAAAUAAAAAUAACUUUGCUUGUUGGCUGAACGGUGGAAAGCAAACCACCCUAGCCAGCCUCAAAAGGAAGUUCAUAGGUUUGGGGGGGGGGGGUUCCACCAAGACAACCUUUUCUUAUGCUCACAUCAAAUGGCCCUAUAAUGGUAGUGGGACAGAGAAGGACCUGAUGAUUUUAAGGCUCAUAUGGAAAAUAGCAACAACAGAUAGCUGAAACCAAAUUAUACAGGCUCAUAUCCAGCACUUUGAGUUGUAGAAAGGGACUGGUAGUCAGAGAAGCUCUUACAGCAAAUAAAUUCUAUUCUUAUUAUAACUGAGUACCUCUAAAUGGGCACUUCAAAGAGUGUGCAACUACAUGAAGAAAGAUAAACCAGCAGCACUCAGAUAUGGCCACCAAUUUACAAAAGUGUACGUGUGGCUGAUUUACACCUGCUUAUCGACUGCUUGACGAAAGUAGCAUCGAGUUUGAGUUGCACAUGAAUGAAAGCCAUCACCAAAUACAUCAGCAUCACCUCAACCACAAUGCUUUGCAAUCAAAUCACUGAGUCAUCAAGUGUGGAGUCAUCAAGUGAUGUACAUCAAUGUCUGAGACCACUUUACUGUCAUCUAUAAAUGUGGUUCCAAAAAGAAAAUCUUGUUUGGCACUGGUUUUGCUUUCAGUAAGUAGUAGUUCUUUUGGAAACUAAAAGGUAAAAUGUGACUCUUCCAUUAAAGGGACAGAUUCUCCUCCCUUCUUCCCAAACAAAAUUUUCAUCUGCCUUGUAAGUGAAGACAUAUGGUAUUUAUUUCUUGUUUAGCAAGGACCAUCCUUCCUUUGGUGGCUGCGUGUUUGGGAAUCUCUUGUGGCUCAGCUUCAUGUCACCGUAUGAAGUACAAGAAUGUUAUAUAUUUUACUUAAAUGUU